AGUAUCUUCAGUGGUACAAACAACCUGAGCAUCAAUGGCACAUCACAGAUUUAUAAGAAGAGCACCACCAAUACAAAAUGCCCUUGUUUUCAACCCUUGAAUGCAGGAAAUAUAAGGCCAAAAGUUGUGUAACAAAGACUGGUUUAUUGGAUUCUAUAAAAGAAAAGCCUCACAAAUCCACAAGGAAACACAAUCACAUUGGUACAUACAUUCUAGUUGUUCUUCUCAGAAUCUAAAAGGGUUUAUUGUAAAAGACACCAUCUUUAAGUCAUGAGUACAAAGCAAGGAGCUUCAACAAAGAUUCAGAGCAAAAAUUCCACCAACAUGUCUCAUCUCAGAGCUUCCUCUAAGGCAAGGGAAUCUCAAACUCCAACUCAAAGACCCUCCAAAGCAAAAUCAGUGACUCCAGAUGUGAGUAAUGGCAGUGAUUCCAGGAGCAUUGGGAGGGCUCUUUUGCAGAACAAGCCUAAAUCUGGAGAAUUGGUGUUGGGAUCUCAGAAAUGUAAGGAACUUGAGGAGUUUAAAGUUGUGGGUAGUAGUAGAAAGACCCUAGUUGUUGAGCAAUUUGCUAAGCCCAGGAGGCAGAGGCCUGUUAUGGAGGCCAAUUGUAGGAAUGAGGAUGAUCCACAGAGGAAAAUGAAGGAAAUGCAGGAAAAGAUUGAAGUGAGUGAGAGUUUGAUCAUGAAUUUGCAGGCUGAGGUUUUGGGGUUGAAGGCAAAAUUGGACAAGGAAAAGGGUUUGAAUUUGGAAUUGCAGUCACAGAAUAGAAAGCUUGGUGAGAAUCUUGCUGCUGCUGAAGUAAAGAUUGCAGCUUUAAACUCUCCUCAACAGAGGGAGUCAAAUGGCUACCAAACUCCUAAAUUUAAAGACCUUCAGAAACUCAUUGCCAACAAAUUGGAAUGCUCUGUAGUAAAGAAAGAGGCAGUGAUUGAAUCAAGUCCUAUUAAAGUAGCAUCACCUCCACCCCCACCACCACCUGUAAUUCCUAGAGUUGUAGCCACAUUUUCACCACCUCCACCUCCUCCACUUCCAUUACUCAGGUCACCACCACCACCUCCACCUCAGCCCUCGGCGAGGGUGUCAGCCACUCAAAAGGCUCCAGAGCUUGUACAGUUUUAUCACUCCUUGAGAAAGCAAGAGGUGAAGAGGGACUCUCCAGAAUCUAGAAGCCAUCAGAAACGAGGAGCUAUAAGUGCACAUAAUAGUAUUGUUGGUGAAAUUCAAAAUCGAUCAGCACAUCUGAUAGCCAUAAAGGCAGAUGUUGAAACAAAAGGAGAGUUCAUCAAUGGCCUUAUCCAUAAGGUUCUGGCUGCUGCCUAUAAAGAUAUUGAGGACGUUCUUAACUUUGUGGAUUGGCUUGAUGGAGAACUUGCAUCUUUGGCUGAUGAACGUGCUGUAUUAAAGCACUUUAAGUGGCCAGAGAAGAAAGCUGAUGCCAUGCGAGAAGCUGCAAUAGAAUAUCGUGACCUUAAAUUGUUGGAAAGUGAAAUUUGUUCUUAUAAGGAUGACACCACCAUUCAAUGUGCAGCUGCCUUGAAGAAGAUGGCCGGCUUAUUAGACAAGUCGGAGCGAAGCAUUCAAAGAUUAAUCAAGUUGAGAAAUUCAGUUAUGCAUUCUUAUCAGGAAUGCAAAAUUCCAACUAACUGGAUGCUUGAUUCAGGGAUUGUGAGUGAGAUAAAGCAGGCUUCCAUGAUUUUGGCUAAAAUUUACAUGAAGAGAGUUACAUUGGAGCUCGAAUCCCUACGGUAUUCAGACAGAGAAUCAAGUCAAGAAUCUCUUCUGGUUCAAGGCGUGAAUUUUGCAUAUAGGGCACACCAGUUUGCCGGAGGUCUGGACUCUGAGACAUUAUGUGCUUUUGAAGAGAUAAGACAGCGAGUACCGAGACAUGUAGGAGGUUCACAAGAGCUAUUGGCAGGCAUAGCAUCAUCCUAAACAAGCUACAAUCAGAGUUCUUGCUGCCAUUUGGGAAAAUUAUGUGCAGGCAGUCAUCUAAUAUUCCAAUCCAUUCAGUGCAUUUCUCACCUUUGCAAGAGCCUCAUCUCUCAACUUAAGCAAAGCUCGCAGAAUCUCGCUGCCUGCAAACUGAGCUUUGCAAACGAAUUGAGUUGCUUCUCUUCACCACCAUCCAAUGUCCCUGCUGUCAACUAACAGUUGCUGAUGGUAUACUAGUUAUACUUAACAAAUGUUCACACUGUAUUUAAUUUUCAUAUGUAAUAAGACAUUACACUGAUUGUGCGAGCUCAACUAGUUCUACGGCGCAUUGAAUAAAAUCCUUGCUCAACUGCCUUGGUUCAUACA